AUGACGGGACUUAUGCUUAUAAUGGAGAAUGUGUACAAUGCAGGUACUGUAAAGAUGACACCCUGUGAAAAAGAAACCGGAAAUUGUUCGUCUGGCUGUAUGAAAAACUGGACAGGGGAUCUUUGUAAAAAAUGCGCUGAUGGUUACUAUGACCAGAAUUGUAGUACCCAGUGUGGAAAUUGUCGAGAAGGAUUUUGUGAUAAGAAAAAUGGAAGCUGUCUAUCGGGUUGCAAACUGAACUGGAAAGAACCUUUAUGUCAAGAAUGCGCUGAUGGUUACUAUGACCAGAAUUGUAGUACCCAGUGUGGAAAUUGUCGAGAAGGAUUUUGUGAUAAGAAAAAUGGAAGCUGUCUAUCGGGUUGCAAACUGAACUGGAAAGAACCUUUAUGUCAAGAGUGUGUUGAUGGUUAUUAUGACCAGAAUUGUACCACCAGAUGUGGAAAUUGUCGAGAGGGAUUUUGUGAUAAAACAAAUGGAAGCUGUCUAGCUGGUUGUAAACUAAACUGGAAGGAACCUUUAUGUCAAGAAUGUAUUGACGGAUUUUAUGACCAGAAUUGCAGUACUAUGUGUGGUGAAUGUCGUGAGGGAUUUUGUGACAAAAAAAACGGAAAUUGCUUGAAUGGUUGCAAAACAAACUGGAAAGAACCUUUAUGUCAAGAAUGUAGUGACGGAAUGUAUGACCACAAGUGCAGCACCAUGUGUGGGAAUUGUAGUGUAGGAUUUUGUGACAAGAAAAAUGGAAGCUGUCUAUCUGGUUGCAAACUGAACUGGCAAGAACCUUUAUGUCAAGAAUGUGCUGAUGGAUAUUAUGACGAGAGCUGCAGCAAACAAUGUGGACACUGUCUUAAAGGAGAUUGUGACAAGACAAAUGGAACUUGCAUGAGUGGAUGCUCACCAAACUGGCAGGGACCUUUUUGCCAAGAAAAUGAAACAGAAGUAUUUGAUGGAGUAUGUAAUCCUGUGACAAAUCAAUCAGAUGACGAUGGAUAUUACAAUACUGUCCAAUUUAACACGAAUAUUAGCAUAGGGGAUCUACAAAACGUAAUAAAUGAAAAGAGUUUAGGAGGAAAUAACCAAUUUCAUCAAGAAUACAAGAAACUUCCUACUGCCAAUCUGAACAUUUGUGAAAGUGCAAGGAAGACAGAAAACGCUGUAAAGAACCGCUUUAAAACCACAUUUCCCUAUGAACAUUCUAGGAUCAUCCUCAAGGAAAGAUGGAAUGAAUCAGACAAUGAUUACAUCAAUGCCAACUUUAUUACGGAUUGCAUUGGAGAGAAUCGCUAUAUUGCAGCUCAAGGCCCAAAAGGAAACACAUUGAAAGAUUUUUGGAGAAUGAUUUGGCAAGAAGAUAUUAAAGAUAUUGUCAUGUUGGCAAACAUAAUAGAAAAUGGAAAGAACAAAUGCACACAGUAUUGGCCAGAAAAGGAUAAAGCAAUGCAGAUUGGUCCCUGUAAUAUAUCUCUAAUAGAGGAAACAAUUUACGCAUUCCAAACAUUGCGAAAAUUCUCCUUAGAACGGGCACAUCCCCCCAGCAAGAGAAUCAUCACCCAGUUCCAUUACACUGCCUGGCCAGACCACGGUACACCAGAGGAAGUUGGACUUGUUCAGUUCCACAGAUUUGUAUCCAAGAGAAUACAUACGAAUGUUCCAUUACUAGUGCACUGCAGCGCUGGCGUGGGUCGUACAGGAACAUUUAUUGGACUUGAUUCACUCCUGAAACAGGGAAGAGACACUGGACGGAUCAACGUUUUCGAGUUUGUCAAACAAAUGAGAGAGAGUAGAAUGACAAUGGUUCAAACUCCGGAGCAGUAUGUUUUCCUGCAUGAAGCACUUAAUUGUGGAUUUCAGAGGGACUACCUUCUGUCUAAAGAGGAAUUUUCCACAAAAACAGAAGCAUUGCUGAAUGACAACGCACCGUUAAAUCAAACAGCUCUUUACAAAGAGUUUAAGUUCCAACAGACAUUAAAACCACUCUAUGAUCAUGCAAUUGUCGAAGAAGCCAGGAAAACCGAAAACACCACCAAGAACUACAGCAAAGACAUAUUACCUGUAACAAAAUAUCGCCCUUACCUUACCUCGUAUGUGAAAGGAAGGAAUGACUAUAUCAAUGCAGUUAUGGUACCGUCGUACAUAAACCCAUCUGGAUUAAUCAUAACCCAAAAGCCUCUUCCAGACACUGAGGUUGAUUUGUGGAGACUGUGUUUUGACCACGGAGUGAACGCAUUGGUGAUUCUUAAUGAAGAUGAUCAGGCAAAUGAUUGGCUUCAAAAGAGAGGAUUAUCUAAGGCUUGCGUUCCUUACACCGUUACUGUUGGCGACACUGGGAGCAAUAUCAGUGGUGUAUCACAGGACCAUCUAGCAAUUUCAAGCGACAAGGAGAAAAAACAAAUAGAGCUUUUCCAAGUUCAUGCUGAUGAUAAUGAUGCUGUACUUAAAGCCGCAGAACUCGUACUAGAAAAGGCGAAACAAUCGUCCUUUACUUCCCUUGUCAUAAGCAAGAACGGAGCAGGACCAGCUGGAGUUUUUUGUGUUUUACAUAACGCCCUACAACAGAUCAGUAUGGAUGGAGAGGUGGACAUAUUUACCAUAGUCCGGCAAUUAAAGAUCAGAAGACCGGAAGUUAUCACAAAGCUGGAGGAGUAUAGACGGUGCUAUCAGCUGGUGUCUCAGUCUGUUUCAACAGAGGGGAUAUAUGCCAAUAUGUAAAGAUCGAGGGCAUUGUUUUAUAUCGUUUUACAUGUUUAUACAAUCGCCGUAUUGCAUUUCUACAUGUGAUAGUAGAUACUUCAUGUA